GCAUCCACUUCUACUUUAAACGGAUCAAAUACUUCAACGGCAUAGAGAGAGAGAGAGAGUUUUCGGAAAGUCUGAGGAGAAUCUUCACUGUUCUCUGUUUGGCCACAUUUUUCUGCUGGGCUAUUCAGAAAUGCUGGAAAGCAAGGACCCUGCAAUCAAGCUAUUCGGGAGGCAGAUCCCCCUCUCGUCUGCGGAAGCCUCUGCGGACGACCUGCCCUCGUCUGCAGAGAUUGAUUCUGCAGAGAAACAACGUCAGCAAGGGGAAGAAGACGAUGAAGAAGACAAAGAUAAGGGUUUCGAUCGUCCCGUAGAGAAGUCGGUUGAGAGUAUGCAGCAGGACGAUGACCCAGGUCCCCUUGGGCAAGAGCCGGAGAAACCUGAGGGUUGCCUCGACUCUGACAACCCGAAAACCCCCUCGAUCGAUGAAGAAGCUGCAAAACCGAGUUCUCAGAAAGAGCAGACCUGCAAGCCCGCCUCGGGGGAGAACCAGAAGGCCCCCAAGAAGCCCGACAAGAUACUCCCAUGCCCCCGAUGCAACAGCAUGGACACAAAGUUCUGUUACUACAACAACUACAACGUGAACCAGCCUCGGCAUUUCUGUAAGGCUUGCCAGCGUUACUGGACUGCUGGCGGGACGAUGAGGAAUGUCCCCGUUGGGGCAGGGCGGAGGAAGAAUAAAAGUUCCGCCUUGCACAACUUCCGCCUCGCACAAUUACCUCUCCAAGCAGCCCGGGUGGAUGCUCCUAAUGGAACUCAUGGGAUUCCAAACUCGAAGGGUAAUGGGACAGUCCUUAGGUUCGGCGUCGAUGCACCAUCUUAUGAUUCGGUGGCGUAUCUCCACGAUGAGAACAAAGUUCUCAACGGCACACGGAAUGGCUUUCAUAACUUUGAAGGGAGUAACUAUGACAAUUGCACGACUGGAUCUUCUGUUACUGUUUCGAGCUCGCUGGAUGAAGGAACGGGGACUUCUCAGAAAGAACAGCAACCUAUGUGUAAUCUUAACGGCUUCAUCCCUCAAGUUCCGUGCCUCCCAUUGCCUUAUCCAUGGAACAUUCCUGCAGCUCCCGGGAUAUUUCCGCCGGGGUUCAGCAUCCCAUAUUACAGUCCAGUAGAUUAUUGGAACCGUACUAGUCUCCAUGGAGCAUGGAAUGUUCCGUGGGUGUUCCAUCAAGAAGAAAAAUCCCAAAGCUGGGGUUCAGAUUCCCCGACUUUAGGGAAGCAUGCUCGAGAAGAAAAGGAGCAUGGAGACCCAGAACAGAAGAAUGGAUGCGUUUUGGUUCCAAAAACUUUACGGGUAACCAACCCGACCGAGGCAGCCAAAAGUACUAUUUGGUCGAUUCCCGGGAUUAAGAAUGAUUCCAUCAGCAGCAAGGGAGGACUUUUCACGGCCUUCCAAUCGAAAGGGGAGGAUAAGUGUCGAGUCCCAGAAACUUCUCCUGUGCUUUGUGCUAACCCUGCAGCCUUGUCUAGAUCGAUCAAGUUCCACGAAAGCUCUUAAGUGUUUUACUUACAGAAUUCGCAAACUUAGGGUAAGCGGGAGGAGAUUUUUGGGAUCGUUCCGCCACCCACCUGAUUUCUCACACCCUGAAUAAUUUUGUGGACUCGGAAUUUUCUAUUGGUCUCUCCUGUCCAAUGUGGCUAGUUUUGUGAUCGCUGUACAUAGUAGAAGAUUAUACCACGUAGCAUCGAUAGAAUAAAUCCCUUUCUCGGUGCUGCAUCAUUCCAUGUGCUGUUCUUGAUGUGAGCUGCAAUAAGAUCCUUCUUUGCUCUCUGUA